CUCGCGCGGGGCGACACGGCAACGGCGGGCGAGGCUGUGGCGGUGGGCGGCCGGGCGCGCGCGGGGCCCGGGGACGAGUGCGACCGGCACGGGACUGGGGGCGGGAGGGGCAGCGCGAGGGGUGUGGGGGACGGCACGUCGUGGUUGUAUCCGGAGCGGCUGAGCACGUCGACUGGCGGUGCGGGCCCCGCAGCAGGGGCGGUUGCGCGGUGCUUGUGCAGGCGAUUCCUGCUCGGGGCGGUGUUAGCGCUGCGGUCGCUGCCGCUGGCUGUGGGUUGUCUGGGGAACAUCUCUGCAGCCGCGUUCGAGUGGAUGAGGCAUACGGAACGGUCACUGGACGUACGUUGGUAACCCGGCGUAUUCGGGGCAUCGAGCUUCGACCAGGAAGCGGAGGACGCGUCGUUCAUCAUAUCGGCCGGGAAGUCGACAUUCACGUAGUUGGAGGUCGAUGUCGUAGUGGUCGAGAACCGGGAUGGCUGACUGCGAAUGAGCUCGGUGGAAGUAACACAGCGGAGAAAGCCGCACCAGAUGGCUGUCGUCACCUUCAUACAACCCGCCCUCGGAGAAUCCCUCAUCGCUCACAUUGUCUCGCUUCUCGUCAUGCAACCAGUCGCGUGCGAACGACGUGCGCGGAUCGAACGUAAACGUGCCGUCGAGCUCCUCGAAACACGAGGCGUAGCGAUUCCCGUUAUGCGCCCUGCCCAUCAUCGACCCGCGCAGAUACACGUCCAGCCCGUCCAGCGUGCUCGACGUGCGCCCGGCGUUCGGGGCCCCAGGGAAGUACGCAGAGUCGGCGAACUUGAACCCGUGGUUCUCGCUCAGAAAUUGCAGGGUCGUGGUGUACUCUGACGCGCGCCCCUCCCCCGCGUCUCCGCUUCGGCCGAGCCCAAAGAGAGAGCCCCCGGUCCCGAUCGUGAGCACUUGUGAGCGGCCGUCGAUGUCGGAUGGAGCGGUGCGGGCGCUGCCUCGUGCGCGUCGAAAGGUCGCCUCGUCCAUCUCGACUGGCGAGAUAGUCAUCCCCGCAUCCCCGCCGUCCCACUCGACACCGAACGUCAGCGCGGAAUCCGGUGGCACGACCUCCGACCAGCGGCUAUCCUCCUCCUCCUCCUCCUCCUUUGGGGGGCCAGCAGGCGUGGGCGGCGCGCUGGGCACGAUCGUGGCGACGCUCUGCCGCACGCGAAAAGUGAGUCACGGGAUGAAAGACGGGAGACGAGACAAUCAGGACCUGGUCUGAGGCGACUGAGUCGCGUCCGGAGAAAAGCGGCGAGUGGUAUCUCAUGAUCGCGCGAUCCAGCUGGGGCUCCAAAGCCUUGUGUAGCUACUGCGAAACAGGCGCGACAAACGAGACGGACCUCUCGCACCGAUCAGCGGUGGGGAUGGGAGUGUGCUGAGAAACGUCUGGUCAAAAGAUGUCUGCCGCGUGAGAACGAAUAUCCCCAUUGGGGAAUUAGGCGUCCUGGCAUCAGCUGCUACGCCUGCCGGCCGUGAUAUGCGAGGCUAGCAGCCAAUGACGAUCCCCAUCACAUCAAGCAAGCUUCAAUUUUACGCCUCCCAGUACACAUCGUCGUCGCUGGUCGCCAAGACGCGUAAUUGGGAUGGAUUUUAGGGGGACGCACGGAUUCUGGUACGGGAUGGGGCGGAGGCAAUCAUCGGGCAGAGCGGGGGGAUCCCUUCAUUUUAUCAGUUCUUUCAGUCCGGGGCAUGGAAACCAACGGACACGUUGGAGAUAGCCCAUUCGGAGCCUUUAUACCUCGCAGCUCGCAACCUUAUCCCCCCGGGCCGGCAGAGAGAUGGCUGGGAUGAGCUGGGAUGAUGCAAACAGCGAGUGGAGCCAGCGAGAACUUGUAAGGAGCGGACGUGCCCGCCCUACGUCAUCGCAGUCGGUUGCGGUGGGUCCGUGAUAGUAAAUGCAGGCGACACACCUUGGAUCAGCAUGUCAGCCGUUUUAUGCACAUAAUUGUCAGCAAAGAGGGCCCCUCAUCUCCAGAGGCUGGGAGCUGUGGUGCCGGGCACUGGUUGCCUUCUAGUGCGGCAUUGCUUCCGCAACUUCCGCAAGUUUGGAACGGUGCAAAGGAAAUCCGGCUCAGCCGAUAUUUUAUGAUUCCGUCAGACGUGCUCGGGAGGACGACAGCGGAAUUAAUGCCCUCGAGAUGAAGCCUCUUUCGUGCUUGAGGGCUACCAUCGAUAUACCUGCAUUGCGGGAGGCUCUCAGGAGUAGUAGAGGAGCGGGCGGCAGUAAUGCGCGCGGAUUCAAAGUCUUUCAAGUCCCAAAUUAAAUCGGCAUUCCUUCACAGAACCUCUUUCCCCUUCUCAACCGCUAUAUUCGAAGGUUGCGUCCGGGUUGCCCACUGCGACCGAUUCAUGAUGUGAUCCUGCCCCCUGAGCAAUUGUGUUUCGCCUUUGCUUCGGUGAUAUGCAUGCAUCUCUGACCUCACUGCCGCGACCGUUAAUACAUAGCUUUUGUUCGGCCCACGUUCAUCCAUCCAGUACCUUGUGACGUCCGGUGGCGAGUCUCCAUCACAUCACAUGCCACCUGGUUCACUUAAUUGUGCUGCGGAUGGGGGAUAAGACGAAAUCUAGGGUAAUUUCCCUCUCCGCUCAUCGGUUGGCGCACGGACAGAAUCCGAACUCGUAGUCUGGACUACGUACAGUCGCAUCCGCAGCAGAUGAUAGAUCAGGGCUAUCUUUCGGCAAUCAUUUAUCAUUGUCGGCGCGGUCAUGUAUUACGUCAUCUCUCGACCCAAGUUUCGCUCAUCGCCCUGACCCAAUGAUCGGGGAAAGAGUGUUCUUGGCGGGGACUUCCCUGCACCUGUCUGUCCAAGCACUAGCUCUACAAGGUUAACCUCCACCGGCGUCUGCAGGCGCACGAACCCACGCACGCCGGCAACGGUGCACACCUUCUUACUUUUCCCUCCUCUCACCCUCUCGCCCCCCGUUGCUGGGCCUCCUCGUUUCAAGCUGCCGCCCAGAACCCCUACCUCGCUACAUCCGCUGACAGACGGCGAACCCUUCUUUUCUGCUCUCAACUCGCUCGCGGGCAGAAUCGCGCAGAGCCCAUGUCAAGCUCGUCCCACCUCAUGGCGCCCGCAUCCUCACCGUCGCCGCCCCUCAACAGUUCCACGUCUUCACUCGAGCCCCCCAACGCACCGUUCGCUGCCCGCCAAGGCUCCGCAUCGUCCUCGUCGUCCUCACGCCCCCCGUCCGUCGCCGGCAGCGUCACGUCGCUCGCACACAACUACCUCCCCGCCAAAUUCUCCUCCUCGCUCGUCACAAGGCGGAAACCGAAAGGCGCUAGAAGCAGUGGGAAGGGCGUGCCGCGGAUCCCGGGGUUCGCGCGCGGCGGGGGCGUCGAUGCGUUCGGAGCGGGCGCGGACCGAAUACCGGGCGAGCGCGACGAGGACGAGGACGAUUGGGGCGGGCGAUCUCGGUCGCUGUUCGCUGGUGUGGGGCGGGCGGGGAAGCGAGUGCGCUGGACCCGCUUCAAGGUGAUCCUGUUCGCCGCGAACCUCGUGCUCAUAAGCUACGCACUCGCCUCGCUCAUCACGCUGCUCCUCGUGUACUUCCGCGUGUUCCGCGUGUCGGCGGUGCUGCUGACCGCCAACUCCACGGAGCUGCUGCUGUCCACGCUCGCGUCGUCGUUCCUCUGUUUCGUCGGCCUGCUGGGCUUCCCAGGGAUCCUGCUCAACAACCGCCCCUUCCUCGCCGUGUACACUUUUUUCUUAUGGAUCGGGUUCGGGCUCAUGGUCGUGCCGGGGUAUCUCGCUUACAAACGCCGGAAUCUCAAUCUGGACGGCAAAAUCAACCAGCAGUGGAGUCGCGAGCUGGGGGCGGAGGACCGGCUGAUCAUCCAGGGCGCGCUGCAGUGCUGUGGAUACUUCAGCCCGUUUGUCGAGGCCACGCUGUCCGCGACAUGCUAUUCGCGAUCGGUGCUGCCUGGAUGCAAAAGCCAGUUUCUCGCUUUCGAGCGGCUGGCGCUGGAGCGGUUCUACACGUUCUCGUUUGGGCUGGUGCCAGUCCACAUCGGCGUGAUCGUCUGCGCACUCUUGUGCAGCAACCACGUCACGUAUCGUUUCGGCAAGGGGAUGAUGCCCAGAGCCUAUCGACUGAAACAGGAGGACGUCGCGCUCAUUGUGGAUCGCUAUGCCAGGCAUGUCAGCCGUCACACCAUCCACGGAAGCGGCCGGCUCGUUUCUCCGAUCCCUGCUGCGGCUGCGCUUGUUCGCACAUGUCUGAUCAAAACCGUUUCCCACAGCAAAGACCCGUGGUCUUCAUCCGGCACGUCGGCGAACGCUUCGAGCACUGAUGUCCACUUGAAGACGAUGGCGACCAUGCCGUAUUCGCCGCGCGAAGCUUCCGGCUCGUCGUGGGCGCGGACCGAGAACGCCAAAUACGAUUCGCUGGGCGGCAAAACGAGCCCGGGGCGCUAG